AUGCAGGAGCAUGGGGGCGGUCCGAUGCCCUAUGCGCCCCUUCCUUCACUCUUCUCAGGCACUCUUGAGGAGGAGGUGGAGGAGGAGGAAGUGGUCGCACCUCCUGCUAUGCCCUAUGUCCCUACCUCAGUCCCCACCCCACCUCCUACAGUGUACCUUCAUGUGGUUCCUCCUACCGCGCCUCCUCCAUCCUCACCCCCCUUGGCUACCCCUCCUCCUCCUGUUAUUCCCUCUCCUCUUCCACCCUCCAUCCUUCCCGCACCUGCCCCACCCUCCUCUUUGUCUUCCACGGCGCCGCCCGUUGGUGAGGGGGGGACAGUGGUGCCGCCGUCUGUGAUGAUCACCGAAGGGCAGCGACUUGUGACUAAGCAGCUGCAGGACGAGACAGGAGACAGGGGAGCAGCAGACAGGGGAGCAGAAGAUUGGGGAGGAGCAGAUAGGGGAGGAGCAGAUAGGGGAGGAGCAGAUUGGGGAGCAGCAGACAGGGGAGCCGUAGACAAGGGAGCAGGAGAUGUGGGGAAUUAG